GGUUAUUUAUUGGUGUACCGUUAUUUGGAAUUUGCAACAGAUCAUAGACCCAAACAGCUGAAGGAAGAAGAAGAAGAGCAACAAUGGCGACACUUAAGGUACCAUCUACCGUUCCUCCUCCCUCUGAGGACUGUGAGCAACUCCAAAAAGCUUUUGCAGGUUGGGGAACAAAUGAGGCAUUAAUCAUUCAGAUUCUGGCCCAUAGAAAUGGAGUUCAGCGCAAAAAGAUUCAAGAAACAUACUAUGAAGCAUAUGGCGAAGAUCUCCUCAAAGAUUUGAACUCUGAGCUUUCCAGUGAUUUUCAGCGGGCAGUUAUGUUAUGGACCCUGGAGCCAACCGAGCGUGAUGCAUAUUUGGUGAAUGAAGCAACAAAGAAACUGACUGCAAGCAAUUGGGUUCUGAUGGAAAUUGCUUGUUCUAGGUCUUCAGAUCACCUAUUUUGUGUGAGGAAGGCAUAUCAUGCUAAAAACAAGAAAUCCAUCGAGGAAGACGUUGCACAUCACACAUCUGGGGAUUUCCGAAAGCUUUUAGUUCCUCUUGUGAGUGCUUUUCGGUAUGAGGGAGAUGAGGUGAACAUGAGUUUAGCGAAAUCAGAGGCUAAAACCUUUAAUCAGAAGAUCAAUGACAAAGCUUACAACGAUGAUGAGCUGAUCAGGAUUCUUACAACAAGGAGCAAAGCUCAACUCAAUGCAACAUUCAACCAAUACAACGAUCAAUUUGGAAAAGCUAUCACCAAGGACCUGAAAGCCGAUCCUAAAGAUGAGUAUCUCAAACUUUUAAGAUCUACAAUCAAGUGCUUGACUGUUCCAGAGAAAUACUACGAGAAGGUGCUGCGGCUGGCAAUCAACAAACUAGGGACGGAUGAAUGGGCUUUGACCCGUGUGAUCACCACUCGUGCUGAGGUCGAUCUGAAGCGUAUUGCAGAAGAAUACCAGCGAAGGAACAGUGUGCCAUUGGAUAAAGCAAUUGCUGGAGAUACGUCUGGAGACUAUGAGCAAAUGUUGCUUGCAUUGAUGGGCCAUGAUGAUGCUUGAGUACUGGUUUUGUUUCUCAUGAAUGUCGUGGUGCUGGAUCUCGUGGUGUUUGAUCGCCGUAUUGCUAGCGUUCUAAAUGUCGACUUUGAAUAUUUUGAUGUUGCGAGUUUGUUUUAUAUGACUAUAUGGGUUUGCAAAGAACAUAAUUUGGUGAGUUCGGACAAUCAUAUGGCAACGUUUUAUUGGGAUUUUU